AUGCUCAUGUUGGAGGACGCCUACCGGACGGUGACGUCCAAGGCGGUGCGCCGCACGCUCGUGUACGGGGUGUUGCUGGCGACGGCCUCGGCCCUGCUGUACGGCGUAGCCGUCGUGGGCUAUCUGGGCUUCUACCACGACUACGUGCCGCACCGCGUGCGGACGUCGCCGCUGCACUUGCAAUACGGGACCGCGGCGCAGCAUCCGUUUGCGAUUGCCGAUCUGCGCGGUCUCAGCCUGAAGACGGACCAGGCCUACGACGUGUCGGUGAGCGUGCGGCUGCCGCGAUCGCCGGCGAACCAGGCGGUCGGCAACGUGAUGCUGGAGCUGGCGCUAGUCACGGCUGGUUUGCCGUCGUUUUCGGCUUCGUCUUCGUCUUCAACGCCCGACGCCAUCACGACGGCCGCCCGUCUGCCACCAGACAGCCCGCGCGACUUUCUCGCCGCCGACGGCCGCCGUGUCGUCUAUGCGGCCACUCGACCGGCUCUGCUGGCCUACGUGGACCCGCUCGUGGCCACGGCCGGCCGCCUCGUCUUCUUGCCCUACCACCUGCUCGCGCCGGCCGCCGCGCCCGAGUCCGAUCGCCUGGUCGUGUCCAUGGCCGAGUCGCUCUCGUUUGCCGGCGUGGACGCGCUGCCGGCAGCGCUGUAUCUGGAGCUGCGCGUCCCGCCGACUACCGGCCAGCACCGGCAGCUACAGACGUACGGCGUCGAUGUCGUCUUUGCGGCCCGUCUGCGCGGCCUGCGCUGGCUCAUGUACCACCACGCGGUCGCCUCGUUUGUCGUCCUGACGGCGGCCUUUUGGCUCGUCGAGGUGCUCUUCAUGGCCGCCGCCUGCGCCCUUCUGGGCACGUUCCUGGCUGGGAGCGCGGAUGUGGAUGCGGAUGCGGAUACGAAGGCAGAGGGUGGCGAUGAUGGCAGCGAUCAGGGACGCAUGCUUCCAACGGUCGUCAAGACACGGGCGGACGAGGAUGUAUCAAUCAAGAAGGAGGAGGACCAGGGCGGCCGUCGUUUGGGUCGGUCGCUGCUGGCUUCGAUCCCUGCACGGGCCGUCGGCCAUGCAGACCACCAAGCGGACGACCAUGUGGACGAUCCGGUGAACGAGGAGGCAGACAGGCCUGCUGCGAUCACUACGGGCAGCUCGGCCGUGGCGAUGGAAAGCUCGCUUCGACAGCGACAGCAGCAACAAAUUGCGGCGUGA